UCACUCAAUCGUUCUAUGCAGGAUUUAUGGUCUCAAUCGAGAACGAGAGUUGCUACACCACCUCAGGGUUCAGCAGCCCAUGCAGCCGCACAGGCGGUAGAGGCAGCUGCUCAGGCCGAAGUUGGUGUUCACAAGCCAGCACCUGUUGAAGAAACCCCUCCUGAGGCUCAAUCAGAAGAAGCUGUGAAAAGAGAAGACAUCGACGGACAGUCAAAAAAGCGCAAAAAGACAUCCAAGGAGGUAUCAACAAAGCGUGCGCGUCCAACAACAUCAUCUCAUAAAAAUGUCGAUAAAACUCCACCUACCGCUCGUUUAGCUGAUUUAGGUGGUGUAUCCGAAUGUGUAGAGAGAAUGCUCGAAUUGGUUGCGAUGCCAUUAAGCCAUCCAGAGGUUUACUUACACACUGGUGUACAACCGCCACGUGGUGUUCUUCUCCAUGGUCCUCCUGGUUGUGGUAAGACACUUCUAGCUAACGCGAUAGCGGGUGAAAUGGGCGUACCCUUCCUCUCAAUAUCCGCACCAUCAGUCGUUAGUGGAAUGUCAGGUGAAUCUGAGAAAACCAUCAGGGAUACAUUUGAAGAUGCCAUUCAAUCAGCUCCUUGUUUACUUUUCAUUGAUGAAAUCGACGCUAUAACCCCAAAACGUGAGAACGCACAGAGGGAAAUGGAAAGGAGAAUAGUUGCACAAUUACUCACAUGUAUAGAUGAUAUAAGUUGGGACAAAACGGACAACAAACCGGUAAUUAUCAUUGGUGCAACGAACCGUCCUGAUAGUUUAGACCCGGCUUUGAGACGUGCAGGUAGAUUUGACCAUGAAAUAAGUAUGGGAGUACCUGACGAUAAGUCUCGCGAGCAAAUUCUUAAAGUACUUUGUGGAAGACUGAAACUCAGUGGUGAUUUCGACUUCAAAUAUCUCGCCAAAGCGACACCUGGUUAUGUAGGUGCGGACUUGAGUGCGCUCACAGGUGCUGCGGGAGUAAUAGCCGUCAAACGUAUAUUUAAGCAGCUUGCUGAUGAUAACCAAGAUUCCCAGAUGAGCGAAGUUGGUCAAUUAGAAGGUCAAGCAGAGGAUCAAGUAGAAGGCCAAAUGUCAUCACUCCAGACGCUUGCCGCGCACUUACCUAAAGAAUCAACGAUCGCCCAUUUCCUCCUUAACCACCCUAACCCACUUUCGGAAACCCAAUUGGAGAGACUCGCGAUUGAGGCUCAAGAUUUCGAGAAGGCACUCAAGGUUGUCCAACCAUCUAGCAAACGUGAGGGCUUUGCCACCGUACCUGAUGUGACAUGGGGUGAUAUUGGUGCACUUCAUGAAAUUAGAGAUGAACUUCAUAUGGCUAUAGUCCAACCUAUCAGACAUCCUGAACUUUUUGCAGUCGUAGGUAUAAAUGCGCCAUGCGGUGUAUUACUUUGGGGACCACCUGGAUGUGGUAAAACGCUUCUCGCAAAAGCCGUCGCAAAUGAAUCACGCGCAAAUUUUAUAUCUGUUAAAGGUCCUGAAUUACUCAAUAAGUACGUCGGUGAAUCUGAAAGAGCAAUCAGACAAGUGUUCAAUAGAGCAAGAGCAUCUUCACCCUGUGUAAUUUUCUUUGAUGAGUUGGAUGCCUUGGUUCCAAGACGUGAUGACAAUUUGAGUGAAAGUUCAGCGAGGGUUGUUAACACUCUUCUCACAGAAUUGGAUGGCUUAGAAAGUCGUAAGCAAGUCUUUGUUAUUGGAGCUACCAACAGACCUGAUAUAAUUGAUCCUGCUAUGGUUAGACCAGGUAGAUUGGAUAAACUACUCUAUGUAGACCUUCCAUCAGCAGAAGAAAGAGUCCAAGUUGUGAGAACAUUAUCAUCGAAGACACCUAUCAAUGAAAAAGAGAUGGAUAUUGUUUGUGAAGUUAUUCAGUCAGAGAAAUGCUCAGGAUUCUCCGGUGCAGAUUUGGCAUCAUUAGUGAGAGAAUCAGCAGUUGUUGCAUUACGAGAGUCAUUAGUAAAUGAAACAUCAAACGUUGUUAUAGAAAGUCGACACUUUUUGAAAGCAUUAGAGAAAGUUACACCAUCAGUUAGUAUAUCACAAGUUAAAAAGUACGAUAAUCUUCGGGCGAAGUUAAUGGGUUUACCAGGAAAAUCAACAAGUAAGAAUGAAUAGAGAAUGUUUUUUUUACAAUAGAUUGUUAUUAUUUAUGCGAGAAUAAUUUUGAUAAGCAGACUGAAUAUUGUGAUUGUGUAG